AUGGGUGACCGGGCACGUAGUCCGCUUUUUGGUAACUCUAAGAACGCUGCCUUCACAUUUGGCGGGAACGGAAUUUGGCGUCCCGACACCCUGAUUCCCUCGGUCGGGGAGUUGACUCCCACGAAAUUCUCAACUACGAUGAAGACAGAUUCAAUUUUCUCCUCGAGUGCGUCAAAAGAUGCCUCCAGCGCAAAGGACCCGACAUUUUUUCUGGUACAGCAAAUACUCUCCUGGCAGAAAAUAGGAGCAGCAACCACGACUGCCUGCUGUGGUCGCAUCAGUCGAGCGAGCGUCACGCGUGCGUCGCAGCCCCACCGCAUUCUCAAGGCCUCAGCGACCAGUCGACGCGUCCACACGAACUGUCGAAUCUCAGAUGCCAUAGAAAAUCGCGUUCCUUUGGACAUGACUUUGACGGGCCAGUUGGCUGACUUCUUCGGACGUGUCAGUAAUGCAAUACGCCGCAUGAAUGAAAUCAACCAGGAUUUGUGCGUAUUCUGCCGCAACAACAACGAAACCUACGAAGUCUACUCAAGCCACAAGGUGAAGGACCAGGCCGGCAGGGUAACGUGUCCUGCCCUGCGCAAAUACGUGUGUCCCCUCUGUAUGGCUACAGGGGAUUCAGCUCAUACGGUCAGAUACUGCAAACAAAAUAUCCUUGAGCGAACACCAAGGGAUGAUGGCUCUCGAAGUGCUGUUGAUUCGAUCUGGUCACCUCAAUUGGGCACUGUUGGAGACAAAGUGGCAUCAACGACAACAGGCUCUGGGAGUUCGGCUCUUCUGCAACCUCUCUUCAUGGGGCUUCCAACACGUCUCACUCCUGCACCUUUUUCUAAUUAA